AUGAUUACAGAAUCUCUAUAGACGUCUAAACAUAUAUCGCCAGAAGAAAAGUUUGAUAAGUUUCUGGAUAUAGAGCGAUAUCGCAACUAUUGUCAGAGUACAAAUGAGAGAAAUAAAAAUAGCCCAGAUCUACAGUAUGGUGUGAGUUAUCACGACUCUUCUAUUGUUUCCUGCAAUGGACUACAUGUAUUUGACGUUGCGCCACAAUGGGCGCUACCAAACAAUUUUAUGCAGUGGAUUGAUCUGCAAGCAUUGGUAGCACAUAAUACCGUGCAGAAUAUAGAUAACUUGUAUCACAAAACAAAAGAUACCACGGAAUCUAUUAAUCUAAACUUGAUAUAUUCUGCAAAGUUAUUACCAACGGCACGACACGAUGAUAGGAUAGUGAAUUCUAAUGUACUGAUUGGUACAGUUAAUGAAUCACUAUCCAUAAAAACGGGAAACCUGCAGGAGGAACGAAAGAAUAGACUAGCUAGCUGCCAGAAGGAUUUCGGUGAGGGAACAGACUCUAAUUCGCUAAAUAUCAAUAAAACAACGGAGCUUACGUAUUCGUUUACAAAAGAUAAAACCAAAGUUUCGUCUGAAUCGCAGAGAGAAAUUUGUUACGACGCAAAUAUCGGUCCGUUUAGUUGUGUUUCAAAACAUUCGAUCGAUACACAAAAUAUCGGAUUGAAAGUCACAUCGGAUAAUAUUCAGCAUGGUAAAGAAGCUUGCGACUCUAAUUGCACCACUUCUGUAGCAGAUAAUGAGCCACUUAAUUUAGUAAUAAAUUCAAAAAAAAGUACGCAACGCAGUCAUACCUACAGUGAGACGAAAAAUCAACUCUGCAAUUGUUCACAUUCGCCAGAUGUCGAUAAAGAGACACUUUCAAUAGAUGGUGCCAUUUUAAGACAAUUAAAUCAUUCCCCUAAUGUACAAAGUUUUUAUAAUGUAAAGUACAAGAAAGUAGAUUAUGGUUUAUUGAAGCUUUCUGAUUUAAAUGAAUUGUCAUGUAAUUCGAAAAAAGGCAAAGAAUUAUUGAAAAGUAUCGGUAAAUUGCAUGUUGAUAGUGAUGAAGUAAAUGGAACGGUUAUAACAAACAGUAAUUUGAAGCAAGAGAGAGUGUAUCUGGACAAAUACAUCACGCAAAUAUUAUCAUCACGCUUCAGUGAUUGUAAAUCGAAAGCGUCAUCUUGGACACAUUUACAGUUGAAUGUCAAAUGUAAUAAUAUUAAGAAAGAAUGCUGCAGUGAGGAAGAGGCACACAAGUCAGAAAAUAUCGAUCUAGUGACCGCCUGCAACCCGAGAUUAAGCAAUUGGGCGUGUUUCGAAAUGUCAGGACAGUAUCCAGGUCAUAGCCGACCACCGGUUGGCACACCUCCACCACAAACUGUCUGGAAUCAUCUGAUGCCGCCGGGUCAAGCUCUCAAUAUCCAUCCGACGUUGUCUGGUGCCUCAUUAGGAACAGCCGGGUUCUACACACAUCCAUCCAUAGCGCGAGCGUCCCAUCUACCGUCUCAACUCACUCCACAACUCGCUCAUACACAAGCACCGCCGACAUGGCAUACACCCACGGUUCCCUUGGUGGACAAUCGGCAAAAUCAAAAUCAGUAUAGAAGUUCGCCUGGCUCCCAGAAUACCUUAGAUCUUUCAUCUACAUCGGAGAUUAUGGCGGAGAAUUACUCUCGGAUACCUCAAGAUAUUCCCAUCAGUUUGACUGCGAGAAACGUAGAUAAAGGCAAUCGAAAUGGAAAUAUAAUUUCACCACCCAUACCGCUUAACGGAGAGACUUCGUCAGAUAGCGGAAUUAGUUCGUCUGUACCGACGCCAAACUCGGUCAGCGAACCAGUUUCGCUAUCGACGAAGGAGAUGACCACUCCUAAGAUAACGGUGAAAAACUUUGAAAGUAAUCUAAAGGGAGUCGCCAAUCUUCAUGAUAAGAUUAAGGAAAUGAAUGUAGAUAAUUUUACGCAGAAAGUGAUAAAUUUGCCGCCUAGUGUAACGAUAGAGAGGGUGAUUACGGAAAAAAAGGAGUCUGAAGUUUCGAAAGCCAAGGAUACGUUGAGUGUUAUCGCGCAAGUGCCAAGGAAUGUCUUACCUGUUAUAGUCAAUCUUACAUCCAAGAUGGACAAAGACGUUACGGACAGUCCUAAGCGAGAAUCCUCUUCUGAGAGGGACAAAAAACAUGAAGAGACAAGUGUGAGGUCACCUAAGAAUUUGCCAAAGAGAGGCAAAAAAGGUGUUGAUUCUUUGUUAGAAAAAUUGGAAGGGGGGACUAAGAAGCUUGGGAAUACUGAAAAUAUCGGUUCGGUGAUCGUGAUGCCGAUAGAGGAAAAGGAUACGUCCAGCGUUAAAAGUAUGUCGCCGGAGCGACAAAAGUCUAAAUCGCCGACUCGGGAGGACGAAGUAGUGUCGCCGGCUUUCAGCAACGACGACUCAAAUGAUAACACUAAGCAACGUAGGAAACGAAAACUGGAGAAACCUGUGAGGUUGAGCAAGGACUCGAAAACAGAGGUCGAAGACAUGGAACUUGAGCCUACGGAACCCACGGAACCGAGGAUUAUUGAUCCGUUGUUGGAAGAGACGACUAGUUCUACAGUUCUGGCAGCUAAUGUCAAGACGACAGAGGAGCAGAUCACCAGAGAAGCAGAGGAGAGAAUAUCGAAUAAGGCAGCAAUAGACGAGAUCACGGAGGAAAGAUCAGAGGAAAGUCAAUUGGUUCAAAGACGGAAUAGUAGCGAGGAUACUGCGACUAGUAACUUGAUAUCGACAAAUCAGAGAACACGAAGAAAAUCCAGUGAGGAUGCAUCGUCCGAGUUCCCGAAGAUAAUGAGCCCAAAGGAUACGAGUAAUACGACAACAACAACAAAUCCUUUCGUCGAGGUUGAGUCGGAACUAGCAAAAAUGUUCGCUGGAAUCGUGGAAGCGGAGCCGGAAGUAAAAAAUGAAGAAUUAAAAGUGGAACUCGCAAACGCACAAAUUCAAGGUGACAAUGCCGCUGUGAAAUUUGAAGGUCUCGAAAAUAGUAUACUACCGAUAACAGAUUCUCAAAACGUUCAGAGCAAUCCCGUUGAUGUUUCUUCCACAGUAGACACGAAACUGUCGGGGAAAAGAGGUAAGAAGGGCAAAAUGCAGGGUGGAAAGAGAAAAAUCUCCAGGUCGACGGAGAACAUUUUUGGUACGACAGACGAUUCUCCGAAAGAGGUGAAGAAGAGACGGAUGUCCAAAGGCUCGAAGAAGCAGGAUCAAGCUUUGAAGAAAACAAAGAAAAAUACCAAGAUUGAUGGCCUGAGGGAGAUGGCGUAUGAUUCUGGUUCGAACGCGAGUUCGAUUAGAUCCCGAGGACCAGUGGUUCACGUGGAGGGGCCAAGGGACAGUCCGUUGAGUAUCCAAGUGGUUAAUGCACCCCGGGAAGAAGAGGAGGAGAAGAGCAAGGAGAAACGGAAAAGCGUCGGCAACGGGAACGGAGGUCGAAGCAAAAGGCUUAGUCAUCAAAACGAUUUAGAUUACAGAGGUAAAGUUAGCAGAGCAGGUCUUUUCAGUUCAACAUUAUCUUCGCGAUACGACGCGCACACUACGGAUUCGACCUGGAUCUGCGUAUUUUGCAAACAGGGUCCUCAUUCUGUUAUACCUGGCGAUUCGUCCAGGCCGCAUCCGAAUUUGGCCGGACCGCAUAUCGCGACUGGAACUUACACGGUUCCAGCUGGCGUGUUAAGUGACUUAUUUGGUCCAUAUUUAAUUGGCAAAGAGCGAUUAGAGGAUGGCAUUUUAUCAGCCGACGAACAGGAAAUUACAACAGAACAGAAGAAAGGCGGUAAGAACAAGAGGAGCUUGAGGUACGCUGGUCUAGCCGACCAGUUCUCUGCGAAAAUGGGCAAAAAGAAGCGAAAUUCCGUUGAAAGUAACACAAAUGCCAUUUUUACGGGUAUGACUUUGCAUCCUGGCGGGGAGGAACAACGAUGGGAGGUGUGGCUUCACGAGCAAUGCGCGGUAUGGGCAGCCGGGGUAUAUAUGGCAGGUGGUAGAGUGACAGGAUUGCAAGAAGCCGUGUGGGACGCCGCUAAAUCAGUAUGCGACUCCUGCGGCUUGACAGGCGCGAAUAUCGGUUGCGUGAAACGUGGUUGUAAAGCUGUCUCGCAUUAUCCAUGCGCGCUGACGAAAGGCUGGCACCUCGACACAAAUCAGUACAUACCUAAGUGUAAUCUUCAUCGAGUUACGUGAAACUCCGGUGAGUUUAUGAGCAUAGGCUAAUAUGGAAGUAGAUUGUAUUUACAUUAUAUCACACUAAGAUCCGGCUUUAAUUAGAUGCACCGAAUAAUGGGCAAUAAUGUAAGAAACUAAGUAAUAUAAAUCCGUUUAUGACUGAAGAUAGCCUUACUAGUUGGUAAGGUAUGUUCUAGUUAAUAAAGGAGCAAAACAUCCUCAUGCGAUAAAACCAAUCUAUAUGUAACAUAACGAAGUUACAUCGCGAUCGGAAUUUAUAGGGAAAAGAGUAAUCGAUGUG